UCCCUCCCUCCCUGCUGUGUUUCUCCUGAUUAAAAAGCUUUUCUCAAACAUCUGCACACACGGUUGCAGGUACCAGCACUCUCUUUCCAGGAGCCCUGCAGAAGCACCCUUUGCUUCCCAUCACUGAAUCUGUGGCAGAGACAUCCGCCCUCAUCCCACCAGCCUCCUGCUGCCCUGGAAGAUGGUAAAGUACGGCCUUGACUACACACGAUGCAGAUGGAUCCUACCCCUGCUCCUGGGCAUAGGUGUCAUCUUUGGUAUCAUUGCGCUGGCGGGCAGGGGCUGGCUGGAGUCACAGACCUUCCCCUACGUGAACCAAGCGUCAUUAUGGGAGAGCUGUACAAGGCCUGACCAGGGUGGGCAAUGGACCUGUGAUUCCCUCAUGAAUUAUGCUUGGGGAAGAGCUGCUGCUGCCACAUACCUAGUUGGCUUUCUACUUCUAGUCAUCUGUUUUGCUCUGGCCAUCAUAGCAUUUGCCAUUCCCACUCUUCGGUUCAACUUCAUACGAGGGAUCGGAGGCUUGCUUUUUGUUGCUGCUGUAUUCUCCAUCAUGGGUUUGGUCAUUUAUCCCGUAAAGUUCACAAGUGAAAUGAGACUGAGAGGAACCAAUAUGUUCAGCUGGGCCUAUGGCUUUGGCUGGACCACCGCCAUUAUGGAAAUAUGCUUGGGAUUCUUCUUCUGCUGCCUUCCUAACUAUGAAGAUCAGAUCUUGGGUAAUGUGAAGCCCACAUAUUUUUACUCUUCCCCAUAAGGAAAAAUGUACUCGUAUUCCAGUGCUAUCUGACAGGCCAGCUAUGUUUUCCAGAAUAUUGUCAUUGGAUGUUAGUAGAAAAGGUUGGAAACUUUUCAAAUGCGUGUAGAAAAAUGGUACUGGCAUUCUGCAAUAAAGUUAUCUAUUCUAUUUUGGACUUUCAUAUCUAAUGUGGGUUGGUUAGAUGAAGUCUAAACAUUAAAAAAAACUUGUGUUUCCUCAUUCAUUACCAUGAGUGGGGUAUAUACAGAUUCUAUUGCAUCUUAAAUGUAUUCAUAUUUCUAAAUAAAUUCAGAAAAGCUUUUUGAAUUGCCAGUAAACAAAAUAAAAUAUCAUCUUUCUGAAAGAGAGAAGCUCACAGAAAUCCCAUGUUAUAUGUAUCAUUUUUUUAAACUGAAGAUUUUGCACAUUUUUCAGGAAGCCAAAUAUCUUUAUCCACUGACUGCCAAGGUAGUACAUUAUUAAGCCAGCACUUCAUAGCUCUGCUUCCAUUUUUCUUUAAUUCACUUGAGCCAUAAGAACAGUAAGAAAAGGACAAGAGAAAGUCCCCUACCAAAGCCAGCAUCUUGACAUUUACCCAUCUAUGUGGAAUAUAAGUAUUUAUUUCUGAAUAUUUGCAAGAUAAGCAAAGGCUAUCAGUAAACCCUUAAAAAUCCUGACAUGCCAAUGCUGGGCCAGCACAGAGUAGGCAGAGGGGAUUUCAAGCCACCUCUGCAACCCACAGUCCUGGUCUGAAGAGGCUCCUGGCCUGGCUUUCUUCAUGGGCAUUUGCCUCUUCUAUCCGCUGUAUCAAAAUCUAUGGCUUUAAAAAAACUCUGUUAUACUGGUCCAGAUUUUUUAUCCAGCACAAAAGGGUCAGGAAAGACUUGUGAUUCCCCUACACAUCAGGAAUGGACCAGGAGCAGUGCGAAUGUAGGUAUCAAACAUUUGUUAAAAGGCUCCUUUUUAAUCGGUUUGCUGUUCAUGAGUUUUUAAAAAGUGUAAAGUGUAUGCUGUUGUAUAUAAGUGUAAAAUGCAUAAAUAGCCCUCACCAUCUCAUAUUUAGGCUCUCAUAGAGAAAAUCACAUCAUGAAACACUUUUCAGUAUCUUAUACUCCUCAGCGCUUCAAGUAAUGAAGUGUACUCAAGACCCUGCUGGUUUCUGUCUUUUUAAUCCUAAAUUUAUAAAAUUCCAUUCCUUCUCUUAAGUGAAAAGAAUGGAUACUUCUGCUAUGUGGAAAAAGAAGUCUCAUCCAAAUCCUCAGCUACAGAGGAUAAUUAGCUUGCAACACAUCUGCAAUUUUGUAACUACCUAUACUUUAUGUAAAGAGCCCUGCCAAAAGUUAUUUACUGCUAAGAAUGAGAGGAAGAAAAAAAUUUUAGUAAAACCUCUGGGUAGCUAAAAUUAAUAAAGAAAUGGAAUUUAUCUGUUCAGGACAAAAAAUUAUUAUAAAUCUUUCCAUUGUGCUUAUUACACCUAAUAAAUAAAGAUACCUAUGUAUUGUUUCAAAAAAA